AUGGUGGACAAGGCAUGGGUACAUUUGUGCAGAGCUGAUCCUGCGUAUGAGAGAGGUGCUUGGAGUUUUGUUCGCUCUGUGUCUGCGGCAUUAGGAGACACGAACAUCAUUGUAUGUCCAUGCAUCGACUGUCGUAAUGUAGAUCGUCAUGAGAUCAGUGAAGUAGUCGGCCAUCUUGUAACAAGAGGAAUAGAUGAGAUUUACAAGCUACAAACAGAUUGGUAUUAUCAUGGAGAAGUUACUUCAGGGAAUCUGGGUGAAGAAAAGAAGCAUCAUUGGAGUGAUGAAAUUAAUGAUUUAUAUAGAGCUGCGGAAAAUAUAGAUUCAGAUAUGGUUAGUAAGGAUGACUUGGGUGAGAUUGCAGAUGUUGAAGACAAGAAAGAAGUUGAGUUCCUUGCUAAGCUUCGAGAUGCUGAAACACCACUAUAUGGAAGCUGUGAAAAUCAUAGCAAGCUAUCUGCUAUUGUGUCACUUUUUAGACUGAAGACACAAAAUGGAUGGUCUGACAAGAGUUUCAAUGAUCUGCUUGAGACAUUGCCUGGAAUGUUGCCUGCAGAUAAUGUCCUCUAUACAUCUUUAUACGAGGUGAAAAUAUUCUUGAAGUCGUUUGAUAUGGGCUAUGAAAACAUUCAUGCUUGUGUAAAUGAUUGUUGUCUGUUCAGAAAGAAGUACAAGAAGCUUCAAAAUUGUCCAAAAUGCAAUACCUCACGAUGGAAGAUUAACCUGCAAACUGGUGAAAUAAAGAAAGGUGUCCCUCAGAAAGCUUUGCGGUAUUUUCCGAUCAUCCCACGGUUAAAAAGAAUGUUCAGAUCGGAGGAAAUGGCAAAGGAUCUAAGAUGGCAUUUUAAUCACAAGAGCAGUGAUGGAAAACUGCGUCACCCUGUAGAUUCUGUGACGUGGGAUCAAAUGAAUGAUAAAUAUCCAGUUUUUGCUGCUGAAGAAAGGAAUAUAAGGCUUGGACUUUCCAAAGAUGGAUUUAAUCCAUUCGACAUGAACAAUAAUAGGUAUAGUUGUUGGCCUGUUCUGUUAGUAAAUUAUAAUUUGCCUCCUCACCUAUGUAUGAAGAAAGAAAACAUCAUGCUUACUCUACUUAUUCCUGGUCCACAACAGCCUGGAAAUAGUACUGAUAUAUACUUAGAACCCCUUAUUGAUGAUAUGUGUCAUCUCUGGAACAAGGGAGAGUUAGCAUAUGAUGCCUAUAGUAAAACUAAUUUUACUUUAAAGGCAAUGCUUCUUUGGACCAUUAGUGAUUUUCCUACAUAUGGAAAUCUUAUUGGAUGUAAAGUGAAGGAAUCUAAUGGUGAGGAUGUAACUAGUGAAUCAGAGGAGGAUGAGGAAGAAGUUGAAAUAGACGAGGAUGAGUUAUCAAGAUGGAAGAAACGGUCAAUAUUUUUCAGUCUGCCGUAUUGGGAGGAACUACCAGUACGACAUAAUUUGGAUGUAAUGCAUGUAGAGAAAAAUGUGGCUUCAAGUACUGUAUCUACAUUGUUACAUUGUGGAAAAUCAAAGGAUGGUCUGAAUGCUCGUAAGGAUUUGGGAGUUUCACUAGAGGACUGCAAGAUUAUUGGACUCAAAUCACAUGAUUAUCAUGUGUUGAUGCAGCAACUUCUUCCAGUUGCAAUUAGAGGUCUAUUACCUAAAGGUCCCAGGAUUGCAAUUUCAAGGAUAUGCACAUUCUUCAACCAUUUAUGUCAGCGAGUUAUUGAUAGGGAACAACUGUUGGUAAUGGAAAAAGAUAUUGUGGAAACUCUCUGCAUGUUUGAACGGUUUUUUCCUCCAAGCUUCUUCGAUAUUAUGGUGCACUUGAUAGUUCAUCUUGGAAGGGAAGCUAGACUUGGUGGACCUGUCCAUUUUAGAUGGAUGUACCCAUUUGAAAGGUACAUGAAAGUUCUAAAAGAUUUUGUAAGAAACCCAGCAACACCAGAAGGGUGUAUAGCUGAGUCUUACCUUGCAGAAGAAUGCAUGCAGUUUUGCAAUAACUUUCUGAAAAAGACCACCAACGUUGAGGCAAAACCAGAAAGAAAUAUUGAGUAUGAGAACAAGUCUAUUCUAGUGGGUCGUCCAAUCUUUGCAGCUACACCAAUUACUCUUACGGAAAUGGACAUGAAAAUAGCACAUGUGGUUGUCAUUCACAAUAUGGCUAUUGUAGAUCCUUUUGUAGACUCAGUUGAUAGGCAAACUCAGAACAGUGGAGUUUUUUAUGAGGCAAUUGCCAUGUGUAGAUCCAGUGCAAAAGAUACUGCACAUGUCGCUGAUUGGGUUUCAUACUACAGAACAUGGGCAGUUAGAGGUAAUGGAGUAAAAGUAGAAGAUGGGUUCACGCUUGUUAACCUGAAUCAGAGUCAGGUCUCCUUUCUAAAGGAUCCUUAUAUAUUAGCCUCUCAAGCCAAACAAAUAUUUUAUUCAAGAGACAAUGAAUCAUCCAAUUGGUAUGUUGUUAUGAGGGGUCCAUCAAGAAGAUAUAGUGAGGAAGAUGUUGAAGAUGCAGAUCUUGGAUUAUUGCCAUCAGUUGCGGAUAUUGAUGUUGACAUGGAGGAAGCUCAAAAUGCUAGGACUGAUUGUGAAGGCAUAUAUGUGUGA